CACAUUAUACGGCAAUAUUAUAAUUAAACGCUCAUAUAUUUACACUGGAGUGAUCGAAUCAUAAAACAAACGAAUAAAGCGAAACUGUGUAUUUCCUUUUAAUUAUGCAACACGUGUUUAGAUAGUGUCACUUCCACUUAUGCCGAAUGGAAGUAUAGUGUGUGAAAUGCUCUCUUUUUUUCUCUCCACACAUAAAAACGCAAAUAUUAUAUAAGCGCCGAACAUUUUAAUUUUAAGCCAGUGAUUCGCGUAAGCUCGAUUACCGAAGAGGCACACGACUAUCGUCAAAAUGAAAUUUUACGCGCUUUGCGUUAUCUUGCUGUGUUCGUCGGCUGCUUUCGUAAGUUAAUCAUCUUUUCUUAAACCUAUAAAUAAAUUACUAGAUUCUAUGCAUUUUUUCUUAUAAUUUUUAUUCAAAGGCCUUGCUUGAAGCGAGAGUCCGCGAUUAUUUAUACGAAUACCAACGUGACUGCAUGAUAGAAAGUGGAGCUGAUACUUCCCUCGUUGCAGCUGCUGAUAGAGCUAGGAUAAUUCCCAAUGACGGGUUGUUAGACACAUUCGCAAUUUGUAUGCUCAAGAAGUACAAUAUUUUGCAUAAGGAUGGCUCAGUCAACCAAGAUCAUGACUCGUACACAAUAUUCAGCGACAAUCCGGAUGUAUACCGAAUAUCCGAAAGAUGCAAGGCCAAGAUUGGUAAAGACGCUGGUGAAACCGCGAGAAAAAUUAUGAAUUGUUUUGCCGAAGAUGGGGACUCGUUGCUGCCUUACAGUACUCAUCCGCCUCCCACCCCCUGCUAAAGAUGAAAAGUCGAAUUGUCAGUGGGUCCUAAAAAGUGUUUAGUCUACUACUAAGCAGUUUUACAAUUCGAACUUCUACCAGGGAUAUUAAUGUUUAAAAAAAAGAAAACAUAUGUAAACUAUAAGAGAUAAGAAUAAAAAGUUGGAACAAACAUCAGAAAA